CCGAUUCAAGCACGAAAAGUACUUGCUGCUUGGAAGCUGAGAUGCCAGACUCCAGAAACCAGCAGCUCAUUUGUCUGUGCCUCCCCAAGACCUUCCUCAACCUUACAAGCUUCACCCGUAAACUCAUCCACAACCUCUUCCAGCAACUGCCAAAGCCCUGGUAUAGACUGGGUGGACACCUUUAUGAUCCCGUGGGAGAAAUUCCCUGAGGAAUUAAUACAAACAUUGGAGACAGGAAAACGACCAGUCCCAAGAAUGAGAAGGGAGAUGGUCCGUAUUGUGGCUUGUGAGAUGUUGCAGAAGAAUCCUUGCAUAAGAAGAAGGAACUCAACUGAAGUUGCGAAAAAGAUGGUUGCUAAAUAUCCACAAUCUCUGCAGGACAUAAUAGAGGGAGAUGUGAUUGGAGCAGGCUAUCAUUCUCUAGUCAAGCAGUUGCAAAAUAGGAUCGAGAAUUUGAAGAGAUGUUCGACUCCAAAAAUAAGAAAGCGAAGGCAUCAUUCUGACGGGUCUGACACAGAUGAAGUCCCUCCUGAACAAAGAGCGGCAAUCCAAGACACCUAUGGGUGCAUUAAAUGGGAUUUAAAGUUCCUGCCCCGUGGAGAGACCCUAGAGAGCCAACAGGAGAAGACACAAAAACUGAAGAGAAUGUCACAACAAACUGAUGCAAAUCCAGAAGAAGUGAAACAUCUGAUGAAGUUGACUUUCUACACGCAGCGCAAAGAGGUGAACAAGGGAAAGAAUAUACAGUACCUUCUGGAAGAGUGGCCGCUUUGGUUCAAUGAACCUGGCAUGGGAGUCCACUAUAAGGAACUUACCGGAACUGGCCUCAAAGAAACUUUCAUAUGGAACAUUGAUCUGAAGGGGAAACGGCUCCUAAACUACAUGAACACUGUUGGCGUGAACAAGAACAAAAAGUGCCUACAGGCUGUAACAAAGAUACAAGUGAUGAGAGGAGAGCUGAGCGGUUGCUCUGAAGACGUCAAAGACUUGGUGCUGCUACUGCUGUCCUACUUUGACGAGAAGGAAGAUGUGAUGUUCUGCUAUGUAGAGGACACAUGCCUGGCGGGGGGAGUACAGAUGGACCAAGUUCGCUUGACUCCCACCAUUGUGGUUUGUGGCAGAUUCUGCUAUUCUUCAAAACGUUUCAUGCUGAGUGUGGAUCGAACCAUUGUCAACAACAACAUCCCGUCCUUCGUUUCUGCCCUGUGCCUGAUGUUUGGGAGCUAUUACUGCUUUAACAUCCAUUACCCAUCAGAACUGGCAUCAACCCUGGAGUUUCUGCAGAGAUGUUUCUUCUCAAUCAAUCCAGAGAAGGGCACAAAAGUGGAGAAGACGCGAACAGCCCGUCUUCACGUGAACCCGAGAGUCCUUACCCUAAUUCAGGAACUUUCUGAUCACGAGUGGCGUGAUGUCUGAGUAUGGACUAAACUAAGUCAGACUUCUGAUAUUUGAUGUGGAUCAGUUAUAGUUUAAAG